CCACAGAGGUAAAUCUUUCACGCUCGUCCCAGGAGAAAAACAUUUCCCCGCUUUAGGCAACAUCGUUCAAGCUGAAGCGGUCCCCUGCUGCUGGGUUUCAUCUUGGGCGCUUGGUGUUCACAAUCUCACUUCGGCCUCCCACUGAGAGAAUAACAACCCCACAGACAGAUAAACAGGAAAAGCACACCAAACCAUGACACCAUCACACAUCUUGAAAAUACUGUCUCUGCUUUUGCUUUCUGGAGUUCUGGUUCUUUCUCAAGACUAUGAAGCCAACUAUUUGGAUUACGACACAGAUGACUCUUUGCCUGAAGAUCCUCGACUUUCUGUACCUCAACAACCUGAUUACGAUGGGCAAUUAACGUAUUGGUACGAAUGUGCCAGCGAGUGUUUCUGCCCCUCGUCCUAUCCUUUUGCCAUGUAUUGCGACCACCGAAAACUCAAGGCAGUUCCCAACAUCCCAAGACACAUUCGCCACUUGUACAUUCAGCAUAACGACAUAGAAGAGAUAACUUCAAAGCCCUUCAUUAACGCUACAUCCCUGAGGGAAAUCAACCUCAGCUACAACAAACUCCAAUCAUCUAAGGUGGAUAAAGAUGUCUUUAGUACACUCAAAGAACUCAUUCAGUUACACCUUGAGCAUAAUAAUCUGGAAGACAUUCCUUCUCCUUUGCCAAAAACCCUUAAAAGGCUUCAUCUGGGCUUUAAUAAAAUUUCAAAGAUACCAGCUGAUGCCACACGCGAGCUUACGAAACUUACAGUGCUGGAUUUGUGCAGCAACAGACUAACCGAUGCAGGUAUUAAAGGAAAGAUCCUAUCUGACAUGAAGAGCCUCAUGCAAAUCAACAUGUGCAACAAUAAGCUCAAGUCCAUGCCAGCAGACCUUCCAGAAUCGAUCCAGCAGAUAUCACUGGAAAACAACUUAAUCAGCUCCAUACCGGCAGGCUACUUUAAGAAGACUCCUAAUCUUCUGUCCAUUCGCAUGCCACACAAUAAACUUAAAUCUGUUGCAUACAAUGCCUUUAACCUUUCCAAACUGAUGGAGCUCCAUUUGGGCCAUAACCAGCUCUUCAAACCGUUUUUUGUCCCCAGGACCUUGGAACAUCUUUAUCUAAAUCACAAUGACUUCAAAGAUCUGAAUAUCUCUCUGAUGUGUCCAUCACUGGAUCUUGGCAACCCUAACAUGCUGACCUACAUUCGUCUUGACAACAAUAAGCUGAGAGGACCAGUGGACUACUACGCUUACAGAUGUUUCCCAAGGCUGAUAAUGAUAUUUUAUGGAAACCAAAGGAAGGACGAUGAAGAGGACUCUGAAACCAAAAAAUAUGAAAAACCUGACCGACCAAAAAGGCCUGGAGGCAACAAAGCUAUCAACUAGAGAGAUUAUAUAGAUUUUUGAGAUUUGUCAGACACAGCUCAACACACCAAACUAUUCAUUAUUCAAAGUAUAAGACUAAGACUAUUGAAAUAUUAUUAAA